AUGGACGCGAUAUCAACCUUCAGUUUCGGCAACCUAGGCUGGCUCGCUACCCAGGCUGUCCCGCUCAUCAUAUGGCCAAGGUUCAUCACCAACCUACUCCGCCCCGAAGACUACCAGGCCGCAGGCUCUCUCGAGGAUUAUUUUGCCCGCUCCCUAGGCUUCGCCCUUCUAACCCUGGGCCUUCUCGUCGUGACCCUCACCGGCGCGGUGCCCCUCACAGCCGAAGACCAAACUCCCCCGGGCACCGUCUCCCCUCACGCCAACGCCGCCCUGGUUCUCUCCUCGAUCCAUCACGCCUCCGCCGCCUUCUAUUGCUACAGCAGGUAUUUGCGGACGGGACAGACGGCCUUCGGUCUCGGUUGUCUCGGCAGCGCCGUCUUCGCCGUCUUCGGCCUUUGGUGCCUCAUGUUCGCCGGCGACAAGUCGCGCCACAGCAAGAAGCACGGCUACGAUAAGGACACGAGCUCAUUUCCCUUCAAGAACACAGAGUCGUACCGCACCAAGAAGAAGGGCAUGUAG